AUGGCAUCGCACGCUGAAUUCGGACUCAAAACCACGGCCACAGAGGUUGCCAAAGUGUUUUCUGAUCAGAUUAAAGGAUUGACCGGUACCUACCUACCUACCCGGCCCCCCCAUAGUCUCAUAACCGGCGUCAACCCCAAAGGCCUCGGCGGCGCCCUCGUCAGGGCAAUUGUAGAAUACAGUCCAGCCCGCAUAAUCAUAACUGGCAGAUCACAAGAGAAACUCGAUGAGAUCUCCAGCGACCUGAACGCCAGGUUCCCAGCGGUACUGAUCACAUCAACCGCCGUGGACCUGUCCUCGCUCCUCUCAGUCCGCAAAGCCGCCGUGAAGAUUAGCAAGGAGGUCGACGCCAUCGACGUCAUCCUCAACAACGCCGGCAUCAUGGCCGUCCCCGAGCGCGAGCUCAGCGAAAACGGCUUCGAACUCCACCUCGCCACGAACCACAUCGGCCACUUCCUCCUCACCAACCUACUCAUGGAUAAGAUUCGGCAGGCCGCCGCGCUGCGCCCGGGCUCCACGCGCAUCAUCAACGUGGCGUCCGACGCCUACCUGUUCACCCCCUUCCGGUUCCAGGACUACAAUUUCAACGGCAAGCCCGUCGCGGCGGACGAGGUGGGUACCGAAGACUGGCUGAAGCGAUUUGGGUAUCCGUUGGAGCCCAUUGCGGGGUACGAUUCGAUGAUUGCCUAUGGACAGUCGAAGACGGCGAAUUUGCUCUUUACGACGUAUCUGGCGAAACACCUUGCAAGCGAGGGGAUUGCUUCCUUCGCGCUGCAUCCAGGAGUGAUCCACACAGAGCUGGGACGAUAUAUGUCCCCAGAAAACUUCGGUGCCCUGGCCGAUGUCAUUCCACACUGGAAAACCACGGACGGAGGAGCUGCGACAUCAGUGGUUGCGGCGUUCGAUCCUGCGCUAAAAGCUCAUUCCGGCGGCUUUCUUAUGGAUUGUCAACUCAUAACUCCAACACCGUAUUCUACCGAUAUAGAGAAGGCGGAGAAGCUGUGGAAGCUGACGGAGAAGCUUGUGGGGCAGGAAUUCGCCCUGUGA